AAGGGCAAGAAGGGUGCUGGUGCCCUGCAGAGGACCCCCGUGUGUCCUGCUGUUAUUUAAGGGUAACGAGGUUCGGAAAGGUGAGGCUACUGGCCUGAUGUCACCCAUCGAGGAAGGGCUUUAGCUGGAAUUGGAAACUACUUCUCUUCUGAAAUCUUGGACCAGUGCUUGCCACCUGAGGGUCUUGAAGCUUACACAGUACAGCCUCCACCCAAGCAGGAGUCUCCCACACUCCCCCCCAAAGUGACAUACAGCGGAGGCUUUGCCAGAAUAAAUCAUCCACUUGGAAGACGAUGGCAUCUUAACUAUGCCAACCAAACACCAUGUCAGUGGCAACAGAACGGUUGAACCUUUCCCAGAGGGAACACAGAUGGCUGUAUUUGGAAUGGGCUGCUUCUGGGGGGCCGAGCGCAAGUUCUGGCUCUUAAAAGGUGUAUAUUCAACCCAAGUGGGCUUUGCGGGAGGCUACACACGCAAUCCCACCUACAAAGAAGUCUGCUCAGAAAAAACUGGCCACGCAGAAGUCGUCCGGGUUGUGUACCAGCCAGAGCACAUCAGCUUUGAGGAACUGCUCAAGGUCUUCUGGGAGAAUCACGACCCGACCCAAGGUAUGCGCCAAGGCAAUGACUAUGGCACCCAGUACCGAUCAGCAGUCUAUCCCACCUCCAAUGCACAGAUGGAAGCAGCCCUGAGAUCCAAGGAGGAAUACCAGAAGGUUCUUGCCAAGAAUGGCUUUGGCCCCAUCACCACUGACAUCCGAGAGGGCCAGGAGUUCUACUAUGCCGAAGACUACCACCAGCAGUACCUGAGCAAGAACCCAGAUGGCUACUGUGGCCUUGGGGGCACUGGAGUGUCCUGCCCAAUGGCCAUUAAAAAAUAAUUUCUCUCCACGAAGUUGGCCCUGGAGGUUCCAGCAAAACCAUGGUUGCUGGAUGGAGCGGCACUGCUGUGAUUCACAUCAGUCGAUUUCCAAAGAGCGCACAUCACACCGGCAUUUACAUGAAUCUGGUUGUCACGGGGGUUCGAUUUACCGGAAGUGCUAUGACAAGCUGAUAAAUUGUAAUUUGUCUUCUGAUCAGUCUGGGUGGGGGUUGAGCAUGACAUUUUAGUGGAUCAUUUGGGAUCUAAAUGGAGAUAAUGAAUGCCCUCUGUCCACCUGCUUGGGCUUGAAGGGAUGCUAAGGGUUCUGAAGCAGGGCGAUGGUUGGGAGGGCAGGGGGUACUGGGACUCCUUGGUCUUUGCUGACAUACCUCACCCCACUCCCCUGCCCUCAGGUGCCUAAUUCAUUAAUGUCUACAGGCUCCAUGAAUCAUUUGCUGAAACGCUUUGCUCCACUGACCCUAGACGUAUGUAAGGGGUCUCUCUCCCUCUUCCAUCCUCUCUCUGGUAGAGAAAAGACAUGAGUGACCUUAAUGAAUUCUAACAUUCUGCUUACAGCUAUGAAAAAGCUUGCUCUAAUAAAAAUCUACAGUUGGUGAUAGCAA